AUGUCACGCACUCUUUCUUUAUUCACCGCUGUUGUCCUCGCACUCAGCGCUUUAUCCGUAGCAGCACCUGCUGCCACCAGCACUGGCUCAUCAAGUGGUACAUUCACAGGAACUGCCACCUGGUUUUUACCCGCCACCGAGGGUGGUUCUCAAGGCGCAUGUGGACCUGAAGAAGAUAAUGAUUCUCCUAUUGUCGCUUUAAAUGCCCCUCAAUACGGAAAUAUGAACGGAAAGUCUUCAUGGUGUGGUAAGAAGAUCAAGAUUACUGGUCCUAAGGGUAGCGUUACUGCUACUGUGAACGAUGCUUGUCCCGAAUGUAAGCAUGGUGAUCUUGAUCUUACUCCUAUUCUCUUCAAGCAAGUUAUUGGUAACAUGAAUAUCGGUGUAGGCAAAAUCUCCUGGUAUGAACUCUAA